AUGGAUACCUUGAGAAAUACUCGCUGCUUGUCACUGCCCGCUCUUGAGGUACAUUCGAUACGUACCGGCGCUGGUCGCGGUUGGGAUGUCAAGGACAGGUGCCCUGUGGUCUUGCCGUCCAGUCUUGGAAGGGGAAAAGAAUGGAAGGAACGAACGGUACCUGCGCAAAGCAACGACGGCAAGUGCAACCACCAUUGGAGCAGGGACGGGGAUGUCCCUGACCCGUCCUUCUUCGAGACCGCUUUGCAUCUUGGGGGCACUUCCACUGGCAUCUCAUCUCAUCCAAUGACACGCUGCUAUCGGAACCAGAUGGGUUCGAGAGUGGAUACCACCUUACCACGACAGACCUCACCUUAUUCUGAGACCAUCUUGGGACGCAUCCUCUUCCAACUGACUUGCAUCACAGUACCUAUACAGUCACUGUGCAUCAUGCUCAUGGCAGCACACACAUGGAGAGACUCGGUCUUGGAGCCAGCGGCGUAG